ACCCACCAGAUGCAGAUCCUUGGCAUGAAGCAUGGCCGAGGCUGGGCUUCCCCACUCGCCGCCCCCUUUCCCCCCCUUGCUCACCCCCUGGCCCCCCAACCCAUCCUCCCUCCUGCCAGCUUUCCCUAGCGAUGGGCCGUGCUGUGGCGGCCUCCUCCCCGUGCCGGCCAGCCUCCCGCCGGCCUCCCUCCCUCCCUCCCGCGCCGCCUUCCUCCGCCGCCUCCCCCCAUGGCCCGAUCCUGCUCGGCGCGGCUGCAGGGCGAGGCGGCCGCCUUCACCGCUGCCCUGCGCACCCUGGUCAACAACCCCCAGUUCAGCGACGUGACCUUCGUGGUGGGCCGGGAGCAGCAGCGGGUGUUCGCGCACCGCUGCGUGCUGGCGUGCCGCUGCCAGGCUUUCCGGGGGAUGCUGGGGGGCGGCGAGGAUCCCCCUGGCAGCAUCCCGCCCCAGGGCCCCUUCGUCCUGGGCAACGUGCAGCCCGACGUCUUCCUGGCUGUCAUCGAGUUCCUCUACACCAACAGCGUCACCCUCAACAGCCACAUCGCACUGGAGGUGCUGACCUCAUCGGUGGAGUACGGCCUGCAGGACCUGUGCAAGCUCUGCGUGGAGUUCAUCAAGGACACGCUGAGCGUUGAACAGGUCUGCGAGGCGCUGCAGGCCGCGGUGACCUACGGGCAGGCAGACCUCCAGCAGCACUGCCUGGCCUUCAUCGAGAGCUGCACCGCGGCGGUGGUGAAGACGCGGGGCUUCCACGAGCUCUCUGACGCGGUGCUGGCACGGGUGCUGCGCAGCGACCGGCUGGCCGUGGACGAGCUGGACCUGGUGCAAGCCGUGAGGGAUUGGGCGCACGUCAGCUCAGCCGUCCUGGAGCGCCCCGUGCCCGAGGUGGCCGCCCUGCCUGUGCAGGAGCUGCGCCUGCCCUUGCUGGCACCCAGCGAGCUGGCGACGGUGGAGAGCCACAACCAGCGGGACCUGCUCAUCCCGGUGGAGAGCAUUGCGGCAGCCUGGCGGUCCCACGCGCUGCGGCGCGGCAGCGGGGUGCCCUCCCGACUCUGCCGGCCCCGGCGCGGCACGCGGCCCCGCGACCACCACCGGCACCUGGACCCACACACCAAGUAGGGGCCGUGCCCCCCCGAGCCCCACCGGGGGGUUUGGGGAGAGCCUGUGCCCCAAGCUGGGUGCUCUGCAACGGCGGUGGGGUUGUGGGGUUGGCGCUGCUGGAGCCUCAAUAAAGCGCUUUUUCCCCACAGCUUUGGGACUGGGGCAGGAUACGGGGUCACCCCAAGGUGGGGGCUGUGGGGCAGCUGAAAAAAGGGAUGUGGGCUGGAAGCUGAGUUAUGGGGUGGGUGGUAGGAUGCUGUGGCACCAAUAAAGGCUGUGUGGUGACCCCAGGGGCUGCAGUGACCCCUUUAUCCCAGCCCCACCGCUGACCUCCCAGCCAGGUCCCAUCCUUGCCGGGGCCGUGCUGCCCUCCCCCGGCAGUGGGGCUGUGCUGCAGCAGCAGGCGAGCAGCGGCACCAGGACCAAACACUACCCCCCCCCGGGGGG